AACAAAGUUUGUGGUUGCAAAUUGUAUUUAAGAGAGCCUUGUUUCCUCACCAUUUCAUCAUAGAAGCUUAGAACUUUCCUUCUAGGUGUACAUUUUUCGAUCAAAAAAACUCAAUCGAAAGAUGGAAGGAAAAAAUAUAAUUCUAGGUGUGCUUUUAGUUAGUCUGGUCAUGGCACAAAUCUAUAAUACUUCCCGUUUAGCGAAAGGUUCGAGUGGCUGCGAUAUCGUUAAUGGGAAAUGUCCUAACGGAUGUACUAAGGACGUUCUAGAAAACGCAGGUGAUAAUGUCAAUGAAUACUGCAAGAUUGGGUGUGUAUCAUCUGUCUGCAUUGCUUUAACUACUCUCGAGACUUCCGAUGCAAGUGAAAUCAUGAAUGAACAUUUUGAAAAAUGUGCCUUGGGAUGUUCUAAAGUCUGCACCAAGGGAUCGAUGAAUGUAGUUGAAACUGACUAGACAACCAUAUCCAUUAAGAAACCACAUACCUCCCUAAGUGAAGGGGGUGGUCACUUUUCACAGUGUUGUUUUUCAUGUUUUCAAUAAUUGUUGUGUGUGAGAAAAAUGAAGAAGGUUGUCGAUCCCUAGAUUUCAUAUGUCUUCUAUUUCCUAUCUUAAUAACAAGUAAUAAUAUGUGUCUUUAAAUA